UGCGUCGUCAGGUGUUGAGUGACGUCACGUGCGGUAUGACGCACGUGUAGAGCGCGCAGGUGAGAAAAGGCUGAAAAUAACCCGCACUUCUGUCAGUCGUUAGUGGCGGUCACGUGACACACAAGAAGGCUGGACAGUCUCUCAGCCACAGUUAGUGACAUCACACUCGUUGUGCCAGAAGCUUCGGUCUCUAUGGUAACCUUCAUGACGUCCGGGUGGUGACACUCAGGUGCAGCAUUCAAUUCGAGACCUCAAAGUAUGCGCGUGUUGUUGCUGCUGCUGUUGAGCGUCCUGCUGGUGGCGCUGGCGUACAGGGUGCACCUGGUGCUGCAGCGGCCGCUACCCCCGGGGUUACCAGAACCCGAGAAAGUCCGGUGGCUGGACGAGACUGGACGGAUCGCUCUUGCUGUUAGCUCCAUCAUCCAGCAUCUUGGCUUCAACCCCGCCCACGACAACCUCAAGUUCUUCAUCAACACGGUCUUUUCGCUGACCUUUAACCCCUUGCCAUGGCAGCGACCUGAGCCGGUGACCUUGACUGUGAGCCAGGACGUGUACAGUGGGGUUCCCGUCAGCGUCUACACACCUCACAGGGCCCCAUCCGCCACCCACACCCAGCCCACCAUCGUCUACUUCCACGGAGGAGGAUGGACUUGGAUGUCUGUAGGUGUGUACGAUGGACCGCUCAAGCACCUGGCCAACACCACGCGCUGCAAGGUCAUCGCUGUGGAAUACCGGAAGGCGCCACAUCACGUGUUUCCGGCGGCGUACGAGGACUGCCUGGCCGUCACGCGCUACGUGGUGAAGCAUGCGCUGCAGCUUGGCGUGCGGCAGGACGCCAUCAUGGUGGCAGGUGACGGAGCGGGAGGCAACCUCGCGGCUGCUGUGGCCCUGGCCCUCAGGGACAAGCUCAGCAUGCAGAUCCUCAUCAACCCGGCUCUGCAGGCUCUGAACCUGGCCACGCCCUCGUACCAAGACAACGCCAAGCUGUUGCCAGGGAUUACCUCCCCGGAGAAGGAAGCCACCAACUGGCUGCGCUACGCCGGCCUGCCUGCCCUCUACCUGCCGGCGCUGCUGGCCAAUCAGCACGUGCCACGUCAGCAAGGCCAGCAGCUCGAGCCCCACGUCGACAGCCGACUUCACCUGCCCGGCUACCUCAAUCUCACCCGCAGACACACCGCCGCCCUGGGCGACCCCGACCCCGAGGUCGCCGCGCAGAUUGGUGUCAAGGUCGCCGAUCCCAGGUUCUGCCCCAUGCUCGCCAGUGACGUUAGCGGUGCGGCCAAUGCUUACGUCAUUGUGUCGCAGUAUGACGUUUUAAGAGACGAGGCGGUUAUGUACGCACACCGCCUGCACCAAAGCAAGGUGAAGGUCAAGCUCAAGCACUAUCCCAACGCUUUCCACGGCUUCUUCCUGUUCGCUGGCGGCGGGUGGCUGACAUUUAGAGACAGCCUGCAGGCUAUGGAGGACCUCGUCGACUUCAUCAACGUCAAUGUCUUCGGCAUUUACUGACACACACACACACCUCUCUAUGCUCACCGUCUGGCACUCGGUCCCCGACUAGUUCUGGUGAGUGAUCCAAGAACUAGGUGGAGCUUUUGUAGCCUGUGAAGUCCAGAUACUGUUUGAACUUGACCAGGAAAGCAACAUCAGCAGGUCUGGACGCUGCUGUUUAAACGUUUGACCUCACAAGAUGCUCAGUUAACAUCAACGUACACAUCAUCAGCAUCAGCUAGUAACAUAAAUCUGUGUGCGUGUGUGUGUGCACGCGCUGCCACUGAAGAAUCAUGAGGUCGACUUCAAAACACCACUGUUGGUGCAGCAAGAAACUGAAGUCACUAGUAAAUUACUGAGAAGUGGGAACAAAGACAAGUGGAAGCAAAAGCUAACGAGCAGAAAACUGAUCUUAAAAACAGACAACUAGACCUUUUUUUUAAAUAAGGAGGAUAUUGGAUGGCAUAUUCUUGCACAACAAACAUUUCAGAAAAUAUUUCCAUUUUAUUUGUAAAAUAUUAUAUGCUAACGUACAGAAGGCAGAUCAUAAUUUCUUUGCACUACCUACAUAGGUCAUGCCGACUACGAUGCCUGGUGACAACACAUUAGUCAUCAGCAGGAUGCACAACAUGAAGCAGUCGGCUCAACCAUGUGUAUUUGUAAAAUAUAGUUUGGCUGGCAGCCUUACACUAGGAA